AUGACCAGCCCACUGCCACUUCAACUUGCUAAUUCUGUGGGCUGCAUCGCAAAUCCAGAUGCGAAAAGACUGUACGAUGAUCUUUUGAGUAAUUACAAUAGAUUAAUCCGACCUGUUGACAAGAACAAUAACACUGUGCUGGUAAAAUUGGGUCUUCGGCUUUCACAACUCAUUGAUUUGAACCUGAAAGAUCAAAUUUUGACAACGAACGUGUGGCUUGAACAUGAAUGGGAGGACCACAAAUUUAAAUGGGACCCUUUGGAAUACGGCGGUGUGAAGGAACUUUAUGUUCCCUCGGAGCACAUUUGGCUUCCGGAUAUCGUUCUGUAUAACAACGCUGACGGCGAGUAUGUAGUGACGACGAUGACGAAGGCUGUUCUACACUACACGGGCAAGGUUCUCUGGACGCCACCAGCUAUCUUUAAGUCCUCCUGUGAGAUUGAUGUUCGAUACUUCCCCUUCGAUCAGCAAACGUGUUUUUUGAAGUUUGGCUCUUGGAGUUACGAUGGUGACCAGAUUGAUUUGAAGCACAUAAAUCAAAAGAAAGGCAACAUGGUGGAUGUAGGAAUCGACCUUCGGGAGUACUACCCCUCAGUGGAGUGGGACAUCCUGGGAGUUCCCGCUGAAAGACAUGAAAGAUACUACCCCUGUUGUCAAGAACCUUAUCCUGAUAUAUUCUUCAACAUAACUUUAAGACGCAAAACACUAUUUUAUACCGUGAACUUGAUCGUACCAUGUGUCGGUAUAUCGUAUCUCUCCGUCCUUGUCUUUUACUUACCCGCUGAUUCAGGGGAAAAGAUAGCAUUGAGUAUCUCCAUCCUUCUCUCGCAAACUAUGUUUUUCCUCCUGAUAUCCGAAAUUAUUCCAUCAACUUCCCUUGCUUUACCAUUACUGGGAAAGUAUCUACUAUUCACAAUGUUAUUAGUAGGAUUAUCUGUUGUAAUAACGAUCGUAAUAUUGAACGUUCACUAUCGUAAGCCGAGUACCCAUAAAAUGGCACCAUGGGUUAGAAAAUUCUUUAUAACCAAGCUACCGAAGCUACUGCUGAUGAGGGUACCUAAGGACCUGUUGAGGGAUCUGGCCGCGCAGAAGAUUGCUGGUCGGAGCAUGAAGAAGAAUAAGUUCAAAGAUGCUUUGGCGGCGGCCGAACAGACAAAUUCAAACGCGUCGAGUCCUGACUCCCUACGUCAUCACUUACCUGGUGGUUGUAACGGACUGCAUUCUACAACAGCGACUAAUAGAUUCAGUGGUCUGGUGGGAGCUCUCGGUAAUCUCGGCGCUGGAUACAACGGUCUACCUUCCGUCAUGUCUGGACUGGACGAUUCCCUAAGUGACAUCACUCCUAGGAAGAAAUAUCCAUUCGAACUAGAGAAGGCAAUUCACAACGUUAUGUUUAUUCAGCACCAUAUGCAGAGACAGGACGAGUUCAAUGCUGAAGAUCAGGACUGGGGCUUCGUUGCAAUGGUUCUGGACAGAUUAUUCCUCUGGAUUUUCACAAUAGCUUCUAUUGUUGGAACGUUCGCCAUCCUCUGCGAAGCGCCUUCACUGUACGAUGACACCAAACCUAUAGAUAUGGUUCUGUCUUCUGUCGCACAGCAGCAAUUCCUGCCGGUUGACAGUGGGGAAUCAUAA